AAGGCUGGGAACCCGUGCUGAGCUCUCUGCACACACAGCCCUAGUCGGGGAGCAGGAAGCCGAAGACAUGAACAAGGUCUUCCCACAGGGAGAGAAUGGCUACACUGCUGCUGGACCCAAAGCCCACCCUGGAGGGGAAGCAGGCUGCGGUCCCCUCUGCUGCUCGCGUCGCGGGGCCUGCCUCUCUGCCUCUCUGCUGCUCCUCCUGGCAAUUCUGGCGGCCCUCAUCGCCUUGGUCACCAUCCUUGGACUCCCAUCACGCACCCCAGGACCCCAAGCUUGUAUAACACUGACAAACAGGACAGGCUUCUUGUGCCAUGACCAGAGGAGCUGCAUUCCAGCCAGUGGGGUCUGUGAUGGCGUGCGCACCUGUACCCACGGCGAGGACGAGGAUGAGAGCUUGUGCCGAGAUGUGCCCCAGAGCCUCCCCCACUUCCUUGUGGCCCACUGUGGAGACCCGGCCUCCUGGAUCUACUCAGACCAAAAAUGUGAUGGCACUAACAACUGCGGGGACUGUUCGGAUGAAAUGAGCCCAGUGACUGUGUGCCCACCCUGCGGCCCCGGGUGGUGGCGCUGUCCUUCAACCUUCUUCAAGUACUGUGACUGUAUCCCGAGGCGUCUCUGCCACGACCACGUACAGCACUGCUCCGACUGGUCCGAUGAGUAUGCCUGUCCCGGACCCUGAGUGGGCCACUCAGGCCAGCAUGGAAGGCUGGCUGGAAU